UCCCACCAGGGAUGGUGGCACUGAACGGGCUGAGCCGUGGCUCACCGGUAUGGGAAGCAGCAGGUGCCUGAUGCAGCUGUGGGGAUGUGGGGCUACCGAAGGCCAUGGGCACUGCUGCUGAUACCUGCACCGGUCCCACCCCAUGGCACCUGAGCAGUUUGGGUGGGUCUUCACCAUAUCAAGGCUGAGAUAAGGGGACCUUGUGCCUGGGAGGUGCUGGCACGGGUUGGGCACUGUCCUGGGGGAGUCGCUGCUCAGCACAGGGGGCAGCAGGGCUGCCAACACCACACUGACAGCACCAGGGGUGGGGGCUGCCCAACAGCUGUGCCCCAGGAGGGACCCUGCCCAUUCCCAGAGCAGGGCCAGGUGUCCCCACCAUGUCCCAGCACAUGACGGGCAGAUGUGGCCAUUCCCAGGCGGGACGGUGAGUGCGAUAAGGGCGGCUGAUUGGGCUGAGGAGCCCCUGUGCCCACAGUGUGGGACAGUCCCCACGUGUCAGUGGCAGGCAGGGACACUCCAAGGUCCCCAGCAAGGUCUGGACACUAUAAGAGGGUGAGCAGCCCCACCACAGCACCUUUCCUCCACGCAACCAUGCUGCGAGCCGUCUGUCUCAUCGUGCUGCUGGGCUACGCCUACGGAUGCGGUCAGCCGGCCGUGCCACCACAGCUGAGCUCCCGCGUGGUGGGCGGUGAAGACGCUGUAGCCCACAGCUGGCCAUGGCAGAUCUCACUGCAGACCCGCCGCUCUGGGUCCUGGAGCCACUAUUGCGGUGGGACCCUCAUUGCCCCCCAGUGGGUGCUGACAGCUGCCCACUGCAUCAGCUCCUCCAUGACCUACCGUGUGGCGCUGGGCAGGCAGGACGUGUCAGAGGCUGAUGAGCCUGGUUCUGUGGCCGUGGCUGUGGAGAAGAUAAUUGUCCAUGAGGACUGGGACUCCUACUACAUCGUCAACGACAUUGCCCUGGUCAGGCUGGCAGAGGAGGUGCAGGAGACCGACACCAUCCGUAUCGCCUGCCUGCCGCCUGCUGACAGGAUCCUGCCCAACAACUACCCCUGCUAUGUCACCGGCUGGGGAAGCAUGAGGACCAACGGGCCCCUGGCCGACAUCCUGCAGCAGGCUCUGCUGCCCGUGGUGGACUACGAGACCUGCUCCGAGUGGGACUGGUGGGGCGACCUUGUGUACGAGAGCAUGGUGUGCGCCGGCGGCGACGGCGUCGUCUCUGGAUGCAACGGCGAUUCUGGGGGCCCCCUGAACUGCCAGCGCGAUGAUGGGCUCUGGGAGGUGGACGGCAUCGUCAGCUUCGGCUCCAGCUUCGGCUGCAACCUCAAGAGGAAGCCAACAGUCUUCACGCGGGUGUCCGCCUACAUGGACUGGAUCAACGAGAAAAUGAGCACGAACUGAGGACACAGCAUGGAGCACAAGCGUUGAGUGUGAUAAAGGCAAUAGUGCUAACUUGGUGUCACGUGGUUCUUUCGAGGGGACGCAGUGGAGCAUAGCCAGGGGGCUUGUGGUCUGGGCUUGUGGUCCUGGGCUUCUGCCCGUGUGCUGGGGAGAGCCCCCACCUUGUGCAGUGAGGCUGGGCAGGCUCCUGGGCAGAGAUCUCACAAGGUGCUCCCAGCUAGGAGUAGAUCCAUGGCCAUUGCCAAGCCAAAGGGUCCAAGGCUUGAAUGGUGGUUUGAUGGGAGAGUGGCUGGAGUCUGGCCUGGUGGUCCAGGGGGCCUCUAGGGAACUUGGGCCCAAGGAGUUUUUAGGUGUCUUGGCUGGUGCUGGCAUAUUUCAGGGCAUCUUUCUACUUAACUGGCUGGUUAACUGGGCUAUUUGAUGGCAGCAGGCUUAUAGUUGGAGUGUUGAGGUAACUGGCUUGGUCCUGAGGGUCAUUUUACAGCCCCACCACAUUCCCUCCACCACCUGUGCACCGGAGUGCUCCCACUCUGUUCUCACCUCUGCCAGGGAUGCCCUGGGGAAGGAGCAGCCCCUGCAGUCCAUGUCACUGAAAGGAGAGGGACAAGGCUGUACUCAAAGUCACCCCCACCCCAGUCCCAAUGCUUCCUUAGUGAGGGAAGUGGGGAAAUAAACAAGGGGAAGAGUGCAGGGUCACCUUUCCUAAAGGAGAGCAAGUCCAGGGGAGAUGGGAUCAGCCCUGGAGUCACUUGCACACCUAGAUGCUCUGUACAAAACUGGACAACAUGGGACGGGGCAGCCCAGAGCCUCACUCCCCUGGGGGAUGGAGAAGGGGAAUAGAAAAGGACACAACCAUGAGCUCUCACAAACACCUGAGCACAGGCAAGGCCAUCACAGCCGCACCCCAGCUCCAGCUGGACCCUCCUUGGGGUGCUCAGGCAGCCCUGGCUUCCUCCUGCGGCACCCUCAAAGUACCUGAAAUGCUCCCAAAGGAGCGGGGAAAUACUCAGUGACUGCAAAAGCAGUCUGGAUAUUCCCAGGUUCCCUGGUGUCCAAGACUGGAGCACCAAGAUGUUUCCUAUCACCAUCCGAGUAGCAGUUGCCUCUGGGCAGUUUUCCUUAUCUCCUGUUAACGGGCCCAUCAAUGUCUCGCCCCAUAGCUCAGAGAUAAACUCUCCAGGAGCCAGUUCUGUUUAAGGGGUGAUUAAGGACACACCCCGUGACUCAGAAUAACACCAGCCCAUUGUGAGAUGCUCCACCCAGGGGGGAGGAGCUCGGCAUUCCCACCUGGAUAAAACCGGGGAUUUCUAGGCAGAGAAGCAGCCUUUCCACAGGUUUCCAAGAAGACACAGCAACAACAUCUGCCAUCCCAAGAGGACUGCAGCCACUCCAACUUGGACUGCUACCAGCACGCUGGCCAGAGGGUGUCAGGUUGUAUUCUGACUUUGUCAGUGGUCUUUCUUUUGUAUCACUGCACGUAUUUUUGUAUUUUUCCCUUUUCCCAAUAAAUUGUAUUUCUGA